UUGAAACGAGGUCAAACACAGAGGAUGGGCGAUAGUUCAAACAGUAAUUUAGAAAAAUCGAUCGUCGAAAACCUACAGGCCAGUUGUGCUACUCCUGAUGAUUUGCUUAGGCGCGUUGCAGAGUCAAUGAUCGAUCACAUGAGUAAUGGACUUGCUGGUGAAAAAAGUGAUCUUAAGAUGCUUUUGAGUUAUGUUAAUGACUUGCCUACUGGGCAGGAGAAGGGGUUGUUUUAUGCUUUGGAUCUUGGAGGGACGAAUUUCCGUGUGUUACGGGUACGUUUAGAUGGGAGAAAUAACGUCGACAUUCAAAGAAGAUCCUGGGUGAUACCUAAAGAUCUGAAGACUGGUACUAAAGAGGGGUUAUUUGGUUUUAUUGCCUCUGGUCUAUCAGAAUUUGUACAAGAGGAAUAUGAGCAUCACAAGAUUCCACGUGAAACGAAAAGGGAGAUAGGUUUUACCUUUUCAUUCCCAGUAAACCAGACAUCUAUAAAUGAAGGGAUAUUACUCGAAUGGAACAAAGGUUUCAAUGUCUCCGACACAAUUGGAAAGGAUGUAGUUGCCUGUUUGAAAGAAGCUAUGAAAAAAGCAAACCUUGAUAUGUUUUCAGUAACUGCACUGGUUAAUGAUUCUGUGGGAGCCCUCGCUGGAGCAAUAUACAUGAACCAAGAUGUGAAAGUUGCUGUCAUUUUGGGCACUGGAAGUAAUGCCUGUUACAUAGAACGUAUGGAUGCUAUUUCCAAAAUACAAAGGAAGGGUGAUCAGGACCCCCUGACUGCCCUGUCUGGAACUACGAUCAUUAAUACAGAGUGGGGAUAUUUUUCUGAUCAAGGAGUACUUCCUUAUACAGAAUUUGAUGUGCUGGGUACGGCCAGUCAUGACAAGGGUAAACCAAUAUUUGUGAAGAUGAUAUCUGGUUAUUACCUAGGAAAAAUUGUGAGCAAAAUUUUGCUCAAGAUGGCUGAAUCAUCAGAAAAAUUGUUCGGUGAAGACUACACGGCUCCUGUUCUAAGUGCGGAGGAUCUAAAUCAUAUGCACAGUGACAAUUCAGAUGGACUCGAAACUGUUGGAUCAAUAUUAAGCAAAAGACUAGGACUUAAAGUAGAGACCACCUUGGACUUGAGAACAACUGUUGUACAGGUGAUUGAUACUAUUAUCCAAAGAGCAGCACGUUUAGCUGGUGCAGGCAUCCUCGCAAUUCUUCAGAAAAUGGAACAAGAUACUCCCGGACUUAUUCAUGGAAAGAGCACCGUGGUGGCCAUUGAUGGAAGUUUGUACGAACAAUAUUAUCAGUUCAAAUUAUAUCUCGAAGAAGUAGUCACCGAGCUACUUGGUCCAGACGUGGUAAUAAAACGAUUCCAGGAUGCUUCCGGAGUUGGAGCUGCUUUAUUGGCUCAGACUAAUUCGACUUGUGAUAGAUGAAAUUUUUAACAUGCAGCAGGGCCAAGGAAAUACUCCAAGGGAUCUGUUGGAAUAUUUUAUAUAAGUUUGUUUCUAUUGUAUUAUACUAUAAGAAGAUCUGUUGUUCAAUAAAUCGAUUUUU